UUACGCUGGCUUUUGAAUAUAUUUUUGAAAAAUGUAAGUAAAAUGAAACGUUUAUUAGUUUUUGUAUUACUAGACAUGCCUUAUUGUGUGUAUAAUUGUAGAAUGGCUACGACAAAAAGAAAUCGAGCUACGAUGGAGCAGCUAAUUCGAAGGAUGGAUUUUUUCGGAGAAACGCCGGGUUUGGCAGGGUCUCGGUUCCAGAAGCUUCAUGGAAAAUCAGACUGCGAUAGGAAGUGGAGCGAAUUAGCUAGUACGCUGAAUUGCCUUGGUGGUGCUGUGAAAAACGUCGAACAAUGGCGCACGGUAUGGAGGGAUCUGAAAAGCCGUACCAGCAUCAAGGUCCGAGACCGGAAAAGAAAGCGGGCAAUGACAGGAAACCAUCCAAUUAAUGAGGAGCCGCUCACCGAAUUGGAGAGACGAGUCAUUGCCCUUAUAGGUAAUGACUAUGUCCAGGGUCACGAAAACGUUCCUGAAACGGUGCCUAUAGAGGAGGAACUGCAACUUCGAUUAUAGGAGGGUGAAGAGAGCAUAGUUAUCGAGAUGCCUUCAUUUUCAAAUGGGGACGAU